AGAAUCAGUAUUAUUCUUAGCUUUUAAUACUUGAAAGUUAUGGCAAGUCAUAGUAUGUUCCCCUGCCUUACUGUUUUCUUCUGUGUGAUCAGUAUUGUGUCUCCCUUAACUGCUGGUCAGCUUGAUUACAGUUACUAUGAGAGAGCAUGCACCAGCUUGCCUAGAAUCGUUCGCUGGAAUGUUUGGGCAGCACUCCGUAAUGACUCCAGAAUAGCUGCAUCCCUCCUUCGUCUGCACUUUCACGACUGUUUUGUAAAUGGUUGUGAUGGAUCCGUGCUUCUUGAUGACACGAACGAUUUCAAGGGUGAGAAGAAUGCUGCACCAAACCGCAAUUCAGUCCGAGGAUAUGAGGUAAUCGACAUCAUAAAAGCAGACCUUGAAAAAGCUUGCCCAUCAACUGUAUCUUGUGUGGAUAUAUUAACUCUUGCAGCUAGAGAAGUGGUUGUCAUGUCAGGAGGACUAUUUUGGCCAGUCUUACUUGGUCGACGAGAUGGACUAACUGCAAGUGAGAAAGCAGCAAAUGAACAAUUACCGUCACCCUUUGAGCCUCUAGAUAAAAUCACGGCCAAGUUUACUGAUAAGGGUCUUGAUCUAAAGGACGUAGUAGUUCUUUCAGGAGCACACACAAUUGGUUUUGCUCAAUGUUUCACAUUCAAGAGGAGACUAUUCAACUUUCAAGACUCUGGAAAGCCAGAUCCAAAUCUUGAUUCUUCAAUGUUGUCGAAUUUGCAAAGCACUUGUCCCAACACAGAUGGAUCCAACACCAAGAUUGCUCCACUGGACAUUCAAUCCGUUACGAGAUUCGACAAUGCAUAUUACAGAAACCUUAUGAACAACUCAGGUCUUCUUGAAUCUGAUCAAGCUCUAAUGUCAAAUUCUCAGACUGCUGAUAUGGUCAAAUCCUACAGCUUGCACCCUUAUCUCUUCUAUAAAGACUUUGCUGCAUCGAUGGUGAAAUUAGGAAAUGUUGGGGUCCUCACUGGACAAACUGGACAAAUUAGGAAGGUAUGUGGCUCUGUAAAUUAAGAAAGUGCUUCUCUAAACUAUGUUUGGUUUAAUGUUAGAUCACAACGUAUAUCAACUAUCAAGUGUUUAUUAUGUAAUGAGGUGAUAUGCUAGCAUUGUGCAUUACCAGAAGUAUUGUUCUCGAACUAUUGGACCUAGUGGAUGCUUCAGUAUGCAUGUUUUUAACUA